GUGCCGGCCCGUCCUUUUUUUUUUCUAUGCAGUCGAACCUUGCGCCACUGGCGGGAAGUCGAGAGAUCAUCGACGGCAGAAAAUACUCCAGAGCCUUCCCAGCCCAGGCCGCCCAAGCUGCUCCACCACGACAACCCCAGCUCAGGCAGCCCAGCUCAAUGCUGCAGCAUACGACUCUCCCUCCUCCCUCACCCUCCAGGCACAUGACGAAACCCCUCCGAACCAACUGCUAGCGCGAGCGGGAAGGCGAACCUGUUGUUGAACGACGACGGCGACUGUGGUGAUACUGAAGGCACCGUACAUAUACAUGUACUCCAGCAUGAAGCGCUCGAGCCGACAAAUAAUGUCCUGAAUUGAAACCAUCCCAACUCUCCCCGAUCCCAGCAGUCCGCCCCGCCGUUGCCUCAUGCCGAUGCUUGAAAGAACGGCCGCAAGUCUGGAACCAUGCAACUUCCAACGAGUGCUUCCUCCAAUAACACUCUCGCUCAAGUCGCACCGAAGACUGCACACCGCGUUCUGGCACCAUGGCGCUGCUGAGCUCGAGUUGUCCGGCGUCUGGCAGGCGCUCGUCCGGGACCCGCUCGAGUCACUCAAUAUCUUGUCUGUCCCUCGCCAUCUUAGGGCCGAGCCCUUGAUAGCUUCAACCUUCUUGCUCGAAUUCUUCAAUCCCCACAGUGCGGCGUCGCUCUUGAGAAGACUAUCCCCUUCGGUCCUCGACAAGUAUGAGCGGCCAAGGCUGUACCUCAAAAGUGCUGUGCCACGGCUCUUUACUUCAUCGGCGGCCUCGGCCCAGAAAUUCCAGUCGCAGCCUCAUCCCGAGGACGUACCAGCAAACCUUUCUGUUGGCCAGCAGUCCACGGACGGUGCACUAGCCCUCGAGGAGGAUGGACUCGAUGAAGACUAUGAAGACUAUGAAGAAUACGAAGACUACGAGGACGAAUACGGUGACAAUAUGUCUUCCACGGAUGCAAAUUCAGCAGGCCGGCCAGCGCGCACAGCUGCUCAACGCCCAGCUCAACGCCCCAGGAAACCCCUACCGGAUCGACUACGAGACAUCUUUCAGGCCGGAGACCCCUAUGAACUCAGCCAUGCGUGGCGGCUGUAUCAUGGUCACAAGGACAAGAAACUGCGCAGGGCCUUGCGCGACGAUUUCCUCGAUUAUGCGACAAGAUGCCGAAGCAUGGAGCAGUUGCUCGCAAUGGCCAUCAAGUUCUCAAACUGGGAGACAUUCGGUGACCUUUGGGAAAGAUAUCCGGAUGCACAUCUUGCCGACGCCGAGAAGCUCAACUGGGGGGACAUAGAAAGUGUCCUCUCCAAGGAGGAGAUUGCGAAUGGGAUCAAGGCUCUCGUGUUCCGCAUAGAUAUGGCCAGCCCUGCCAUUGCGCGAGGUGACCCAGAAUUUUCAAAGAGCUUGCUCGACAGGGUGAUAAACCCUUGUAUUCGCAGGUACUGGCAGGAGUCGAAGGCGGACGAUCUCGCCCUCAUGCUGCAUUUGCUCAAGGAUCAUCUCCUCUACGAAGAUCUCAUCUGCCACUCUCGACGACUAGGCCCUGAUCUCACGAUCAAGCUUUACAAGCAAUAUCGAAAGUUACCUGGAGUGAAACUUCGUGGUCACAUCAUGAGUCGAAUGAUGAGGCAUGUCUACUUUCCUGCCGACGAUGCUCGAGGCAUGGAAAUGAUGAGGAAAGACUGGCACACCCGUUUCGACCGACUGGAUAUACCAAACUAUCGGCUCUACAUGACUUUCUAUGCCCGCCGUGGAGAUGCAAAGACUGUACAUCGCUUUUGGGAUGCCUAUACCGCAGACUAUCCUGAUCGGAAUGCUCCCGUGGGCGGCAAGGACCCCGACUAUCUUCCCCUGCUACAUGUCCAAGCCGUCAGAGGCGAGCUAGGCGAAGUGCGGAAAGUUUUCGACAGACUCCAAAACGACUACGGUGCCAACCUUCCUGUCAUUUGUUGGAAUGUUCUUCUCAAUGCACAUGCCAAGGCUGGAGAGUACGACACGGCCAUUCGUGUUUUCACCGUCUUGCAAGACACUUGCACACCUGACCACUAUAGCUAUGGUACAAUGAUGGGCAUGAGUGGGGCAAGAGGCGAUCUCGAAUUCACACUAGAGCUAUACCGCAUGGCUAAGAACGACGGCGUAGAACCAAACGUCACCAUGAUCGAUGAUGUGGUGGAAGUCUACUGCCAGAACGAUAGAUAUUCUGAUGCCGAGAAAAUUUGCGUCAUGACAACAAAAGCCGGCAAAUUCAAGCCGGCCGAUUUCACUGUGCUGUGGAACAGUCUGCUGUACCAUCACGCUACUCGGCGUGACCUUACGACCGUCAACCGCCUCCUCGUGGCAAUGACUGACAAUGGUGUCCCUUACGACAACGAGACAUACGACCACCUCCUGCGUGGCCUAGCACUUUGCAAGCAACCUCACCACGCGCUCUAUCUCCUGAAGUCCGCUGUCAGAAACCAUGCAUUCAAGCCCACAGUCAGGCAUUAUGCUUUGCUGAUGAGUGCGUUUAUGCAGAGCGGGCAACCUUUGGAAGCCCUCCAAAGCAGCACCAUCCUUCGCGACCUGGGUGUGCAGCAGAGUAACGAGGCCAUGGUCCGAGUUUUCAAAGCUCUUGGUUCAUUGGCUCAAGCGUCGCCAGGCGAGCAUGACAGCGAGCAACACUCCUUGCUGACUUCGGCAUUGCGACAGUUCCGGCAAGCCAUGGACCCUGUCAGGAGAGCAAAGCGAGGACCGCAGCGUGGUGAUGCCUGGAUCCAGACACUUCAGUUCCCGGACACCGUGGCGAACCGCACAGAUUUAGCCUCCGUACUGAUCUUCGUCUUCACGCAGAUGCGGCAGACCAUGGCGGUGCCAGAGAUCUUACGUCUGUGGCGGAAGUCUUCUCCGGAGGCGGCGAGCAAGGGGGACCCUCCGUUGAGGCUGCUGGAUGCACUAAUGCUCUCUGCGUUCCACGACGGAAACUAUCAAGAGGUCAAGAGUAUAUGGGAUAUGAUAUUUGACCGCGCACUUCAGAUGGCUUACGUGGGCGCACCGGGAACAGAACGGGACGAGCCCCUCCCAUCUAUGCGGUACAUUCUCACCAGCGCCCUCAAGACGAUGCAGCGCACGUACGCGGCACAGGGUGAUGCCGACGGCCUGGGCCAGGUGGUAUCCUCGGUCCUGCAGGCCAAGUUCAGGCUGGACAGCAAGAACUGGAACUACUACAUCCAGUUCCUCGCCUCGAUGAAGAAGUUCCGCGAGGCCUUCAUCGUCUGCGAGGAGCAGCUGAUGCCGCACUGGUUCGGGUGGCAGCGCGUGCGCCGCGCGGUGCCCGACGCCAUGACCCGGCUGCCGCUCGACGUGCGCCGCAGGGGCUCGAGCCCGCGGAUCAACCGCCCCAGCACGCACACCCUCCUGACGCUGACCAAGGCGUACAUGGACCUGGAGCAGAUGGCGGCGUGGAGCCCCGAGGCGGACCGGCUGAUGGCCUACAUCGUGGACAAGUGCCCUCGCGUCAUGGCGGCCGUCAGGUCGCUGGUGCGCACCGACGACGACACGGAGCGCAGGCACCUCCUCAGCGAGAAGCAGCUGCGCCUCGAGGAGGAGAUGCGCAGGGAGCAGCUGGAGCGCGAGCGCCUGGGCGACCUCGCCGACGAGCCCGUCCCUCAGGCGUUCCUCGACAUGAUGGAGCUCGCGGGCGCGGGCCGCGGCACCAGCGUGGAGCAGGAGUCGUGGGAUGAGGAGGGCGGCGGCGCGGCAGGCAAGGCCGAGGCCGAGGUGGUGGCUGACGACGGGGACAGCCAGUGGUCUGACGUGCAGGACGACGACUGGACGCCGAGGCAGCCUGCGUCGCCUGGGGGCCGUGAUGUCCGCCCCGAAAACCUGCGCAAGGCUGAGGAUGCCAUCUUCCAGACCAGGUCGCCUGCGGUCUUCGCCUCUGAUGCGGCGAGGGCGCGUCGGUCGCCCGGGUCCGGUGAGUCUAAGCGUGGUGAUGGCAAGGAUAGAUGAUGGGUUGAUCUGUGAUAGCGUUUGGCAUAUAGAGGCAAAGGCUUGUCUGUGUGCCUAGAGUGUAUAUAUUUAUCCCGUCGGCUUGCUGUGCGUGUACACUGGAACGGAGGAGGUGCGAUCCAGUAGAGCUAGCCAGUCAUGAAGUGAUAGACAUCUUACACCUA